AUGAGUUUCCAACGUCUCGCCAACAAAGUCGCUAUCGUGACCGGCGCUUCAUCGGGGCUAGGCCGUGCCAUCGCCACAGCCUAUUCUCGGGAGGGUGCACACGUGGUCUGCGCAGACUUGACUCCUUCUGCCCGUUCGACUGUUCCGAAGGAAGCGGCUAUUGAUACAGUCGACUUGAUUCACCAGAAUGGAAGGAGAGCAAUCUUCGUCAAGACCGAUGUUGGCGACGCGAAAGCCAUUGAGCAUAUGGUGAAUACUGCUGUGGCCGAGUUCAGAAGAUUAGACAUUAUAGUUAAUAACGCUGGGGUAUCACUCGAGUCACGAUUUCCAAACCCUAUCCAUACCACAUCAGAACAGGCAUGGGAUGAGACCAUGCGAGUCAACGCAAGAUCAGUGUUUUUGGGUUGCAAGUAUGCUCUCGCACAGAUGCUCAAGCAAGACUCUGUUCACCCGUCUGGUGAUAAAGGCUGGAUCAUAAAUAUUUCGUCAAUCAUGGCAUCUAUUGCGGGGAAUGACAACCCAUCUUACUGUGCCUCUAAAGGAGCAGUGAGUAGCCUGACAAGGCAGGUCGCGUUGGACUACGCGAAGUACCGCAUUCAUUGUAAUGCAAUCUGCCCGGGUUAUACACAGACAGCCCUUCUACUUGAGACUACAUCUAACCUGACGCCAAUUGAGGAUAUCCAGCGCAGGCACCCAUUCGGGGGUAUUGGGAAGCCCGAGGAUAUUGCACGAUUUGCCGUGGUUCUAGCCAGUGAUGAUGCUGCCUUGGUUACUGGAGCGUGCCACAUCGUGGACGGUGGUUAUACUGCUCGAUAG